GACAUUUCUGUACAAUGGAUUCCCAAUCUCAAUCUCCCUCAGUUGAAACCCUAGAUCACAACUCAUCACUAAGCCAUGCCCAACUUCACGCUUCUGACAAUUCCGGUCCAAAUCAAGCAUCAGAGGAGCAAAAACUCGGUGAAUUCACUCUGAAGCGCGAGAUUCAGAGGCCCUUAUUGUCGGAAAACGGGGUGACAAACACUCACAGCGGCACCGACAGGGACCAAUCAGGCGGUGAGGAAGAAACCAGCAGUAGAAGGAGACGGAGGAGCCGUUGGGACCCACCUCCCACUGAAUCAACCAAUGAUGGGAACGGGGGCGGUGAUGGAAGUGGGACCGGAAGAAAGAGGAAGUCGAGGUGGGCUGACGAUGAGCCCAAACCCGUUAUUCAAUUGCCGGAUUUCAUGAAAGAUUUCACUGGAGGUAUUGAGUUUGAUCCUGAAAUCCAAGCUCUUAAUAGUAGAUUACUUGAAAUUAGUAGGAAAUUGCAAUCGGGUAUGCCCUUAGAUGAUAGACCUGAAGGUGCUAGGUCGCCUUCGCCUGAACCUAUAUAUGAUAAUAUGGGAAUUCGUAUAAACACCAGGGAAUAUCGCGCACGAGAAAAGUUGAACAGGGAGAGACAGGAGAUUAUAUCACAAAUCAUUAAGAAGAACCCUGCUUUUAAGCCUCCUGCUGAUUAUAGGCCUCCCAAGCUUCAAAAGAAGCUCUACAUUCCCAUGAAGGAGUUCCCUGGUUAUAAUUUUAUUGGGCUGAUUAUUGGUCCAAGAGGGAAUACUCAGAAGAGGAUGGAAAAGGAGACGGGAGCAAAGAUUGUAAUUCGAGGCAAAGGGUCAAUCAAGGAGGGUAGGUUCCAGCAAAAGGGGAAUUUAAAACCUGACCCUGCCGACAAUGAAGAUUUGCAUGUGUUAGUGGAAGCUGAGAACCAGGAGUCCGUUGAAGCUGCUGCGGCUAUGGUGGAGAAGCUCUUGCAGCCUGUUGAUGAAGUGCUCAAUGAACAUAAGAGGCAACAGCUUAAGGAACUUGCUGCUUUGAAUGGAACAAUUAGAGAUGAGGAGUUUUGUAGGCUAUGUGGUGAACCAGGGCAUAGGCAGUAUGCAUGUCCUUCUCGCACCACCACCUUUAAGAGUGAAGUUCUGUGUAAAAUAUGUGGUGAUGGGGGACAUCCUACUAUCGACUGUCCAGUGAAAAAUACUACCGGCAAGAAAAUGGAUGAUGAGUACCAGAAUUUUCUCGCAGAGUUGGGAGGUACCAUUCCUGAAUCACUAACAAAGCAAAACUCAGCAACGCUAGCUCUUGGCGCGGGAAACUCAGGAAGCAAUCCUCCUUGGGCAAGCAAUAAUAGUGCUGGUGCCAGUUCACAUCCUGGCUUAGGGUCAAGUAUGCUAAAGCCAAAGGAGUUUGACGAGACAAACUUGUACAUCGGUUACUUGCCACCUACUCUUGAAGAUGACGGUUUGAUCAAUUUAUUCUCUCCAUUUGGUACCAUUGUGAUGGCUAAAGUUAUAAAAGAUCGUCUAAGUGGUCUGAGUAAAGGUUACGGAUUUGUUAAGUUUGCGGAUGUUCAACAAGCUAAUAGUGCUAUAACUAGCAUGAAUGGCCACCGUCUUGACGGAAGAACCAUUGCUGUGAGAGUUGCAGGUAAGCCGCCUCAGCCUGCUGUGCCUCCAGGACCUGCUCCGGCAAUGCCUUCAUAUCCGGUUCCUAAUCAGGGCAUGGGCGCAUAUCCAUCCCAGCAGUAUGCAGCUGGUGGUCCCAUUGGCAAUGCUCCCCCUGGUAGCUAUCCCCCACCUGGUGCUCCAGUUCCAUGGGGGCCACCUGUGCCUCCUCCAUAUGCCCAGUACCCACCUCCUCCUCCUGGCGCAGCCAUGUAUCCUCCUGUUGCAGGUCAACCCAUCCCUCCAUAUGGAAUGCAGUAUCCUCCUUCAAUUCCAACAGCAUCUUCUGGUGCCCCUGCUCAGACUGUUUCUUCUGGUGAAAACCAACAAACUUAUACGUCUCCUGUUGAGGCACAGCAAAGCUAUCCUCCUGGACUGCAAUCCCAGAGUGUCUAUGGCAAUUCUGUCACAGCAAUGCCACCUAAUGCUCAACCUGCAUACCCAACAUCAUCAUACAGCUAUCCAUCUUAUUAUGGUGUUGCACCACCACCUCCUCCUCCAUCUGCAUCCCAGUCCAAUGGGAACUAUUCACAGGGUAUGAGUAAUGUUCCCUGGGCUCCAAAUCCACCAACUCAUGCACCUCCAUCAUCAGCGGAGAAGCCUGCUUAUGGCGCGGAUGCAGAGUAUGAGAAGUUCAUGUCAGAAAUGAAGUCAUGAUGCAAUUGCUGUAUCACCUGCACUAUUAGGCUGAUGUGUUGGAGCAUUUCACCUGAUUUCUUCCCUCUUGCCAUGACUUAGUUGUUGGAAGUUUCGGACUCACAUCUUUAACCUUGUUGUACUGUUAUGCAGAGAGAUGAGACAUUCAGUUCAUUCAGCUUGUGUUGGAGCAUUAAAUCAGUGGAUUAUGGAUAUUAAUUAUGCUUUUUGUAGGAUUCGUUUCUGGGGAUUGGCUUCGAGCGUUGUUUUUCAAAUUUUAUUUUAAUGAUUUGUUGAAUUUUCUUGAUGACUAAUCACUGACAGUUUGUGUUUCUCUCCA